AUGCCCAAAACCAAGCACCACCUCGAGAAAUCCAUCACGAAAUCCUCCCACCUAGACGCGAACAAUACCUCAUCAAACGCCCAGAGAAUCCCAGAAAAUUGGCCCUCAGAAAUCACUUUCCUACGAGAUCACACCUACACUCCAAACGUGCUCUCCUCAGACCUCGUCGAAAAGCUCUCCCGAGCCCCAUCAUCAGAUCAUGAUUCCUGGAUCAAACUGCCUCCCACCUCACCAGCUCUCAUCUCCCCCAACCCCCAAAUCUUCAUCGAAACCAUAACCGCUCCGCCAACCCACCCAGCAAUGGGACAGAGAGGUCUCUUCGCCGCCCAGCACCUACCGCCGGAUACUUGCAUCCUUCUAUACCUUGGUCUAGUCCAUACGAAUUCCCUCAGCGACACAGAUCCCCAUUCGGACUAUGAUCUGAAUCUGGACCGGGAACUGGGAUUGAGUGUUGAUGCUGCCACGUGUGGGAAUGAGAGCCGCUGUGCGAAUGAUUACCGCGGUAUAGCAGAGCGACCAAAUGCGGAAUUCAGCGACUGUUUCGUCCAGGUGCCUAGUUCGAAGAGAGCGGAAGGAGUGAGAUGGGAACGGAGGGUUGCGAUUUCCGUCCUGAGGUAAGCGAUCAUCUACCUUACCUUCUCCCACUAGCUUUACUUCUCCGGUUAACGUUGUCUCUUGUAGUGCGGGCAAAGCAGGCCUUCGAAAAGCAGGCAUCAAAGCAGGCGAAGAGAUUCUUGUCUCGUAUGGCAAAGGGUUCUGGGAAGGGAGGAAGACAGUGGUCAGUGAAGACGGUUGA